CGAAAGCCCGUUAAGCGAAUGCGUCUUCUAUUCCGCCCACAACCAUUUGAAUCCUAAUUACUGAAGACUGAAGGAGACAGACUGAGCUAAGCUACACACGUCUGGAGGCAACACUUGAGAGUGGUUUUCAGCACCCUCGUGAUGUGCCAACGGAAACACAAUUACCUGUUUGGUACAACUAGGAAGCGCAAAGUAUCAAUAAUACGCUACCGGGAUUACAUGUUUUCCUGCACUGACUUAACUACUACACAGUCGAGUUGGGUUUUGUGAAACGACAAUAAGGUCUUUAAAAGCUACCCGAGGUUAAAUACUCUCAUCAAUCUCUGAAUUUUCUUAAUUAAAAUGUUAACAUAUAUCAUAAUUCUUUGAUAAAACUGAUUAGUAACGUGAUUGUGUGCGGUUUUAGUGAUUAGAACGUUAGAAGCACAUUGGUUUCCUUUUAAUUUCUACUAACUUGACUGUAGACUAACUAGUUUGUAAUGUAGAGGUUUAAAAUGCUAUUCUGUGUCAGGCAUUCAAGGUUCCUGCUUAUAAUAUUAGUCUUUGGAUUCCUCACAUAUAUAAAUUUAGAUUUGUGUAGUAAGGACAGAAGCCCUACGGCCUAUGUUAUUCCUUUCCUAAUAUGCUUCUGUGAGUGUCCAGUCUUCUCUUGGAUGAGUCAAUUGGAGGUGCGGACACCACUGCUUCGAGCAGCAGGUUCCAAUUAUUGAUAACUCGAUGUGUAAACCUGUAUGCCACGGGUAUUUCGUUCGUUCUUGGCUUUUCUACUCACCUGCUAUGUCCUCCGAGAUAUCCCGGUAAAAGCACAUGUUGCGUCGGAAUCACAAUAAUUUGGAAUACUUGACACGGACCAACAAUAUUUGCCGCUGUUAAUCCAGUUCCACUUUCCGAUCCCUACUGAGAGCUGAAGUCAACAACUUCAUGAACAAAUUGAUGAACUAGAUCCCAUUUUGUUCGUUUUCGCGCCAUUAGUCGGCUGAUUCCUUGAUAUUCGAACUCUCAUCAUAUUAAAGUGGCGUUGUUCAAGAUUACGUGUCGCUUUAUGGGACAAGAAUAUCUUUACUUACUUCCAACUGUCCUAUUUAGUUAAUUUAUCCGAUUGUAAUUAAGUAGAACUAGGGGUUGUGUUUAUAGUUUGUUGAUUAUAAUUGGCCUUUACAACAAAUUGGUUUCUUUUUAUGAAUUAGCCAAUCGAGAUUAGUUAUAUAAAACUAUCAUUCUUUUGUUUGUAAUACAAGAGACUUCCGUUUGCUUAAAAAGUACCUUAUUUACUGUCAAUUAGAUGAACUCAGUUCCACCUAUGUCAACUAUCAACGGAAGUUAGACGAACUAUGUUUGUAUCGCGGUUAACAUUUGUAUCAAAGACAGUGCCCAAAAUUAUUCGUCUAUGUAGCAAGAAAUUUGCGUACAAAAUAAAUACAAAAGAACAACAACGCUAUAAAACAUUAUUUUCCGAAACCUGGGAAUCAGUUUCUCAUCAGCCUUUUCCAAAUGCAGAACCUCCAACAGUUUUAGAAGACAGAAAUUUAGAUGAUCUUGUCAAGAGUCCCAGGAGUGAAACUUCAACUGACUUUACAAGGCCUCUUGCUCCAGAGGAUUUGAACAAAAUUUAUUCUGACGAAGAUCCAUCGCUACCACCUUUGUCUAUUACAUGCUCAGGAUGUGGAUCACCGUUACAUAGUAAAGCUGCAGGAUAUCCAGGUUUCAUACCCUCGACCGAAUAUAAAAACAUUAUGUCCAGUACGGGGCAAUCACUUUCUCGUCCUAAAUACAGGAAACCCGUGUUCACUCUUUGUGUACGUUGUAAUCUGCUUCAAAAACACAACGAAGCGUCGAAAGAAACAAUAAAUGAGUCGUAUUUUCUCACUAAUGUAAUCCAGGAAAUACAAAAGUACGAAGAUGCGGCUGUAAUCGUUAUUGCCGAUGUGGCUAAUCUCCCACAUUCUUUAAUUCCGGAAUUACAUACAGAAUUGAAAGGCAAAAGGUAUGUGCUUGUCGGUAACAAAGCUGACCAGUUACCAGGUGAUGGAUCGCAUUUCCGAGAGAGGUGGUGUUCAGCAUUAUUGGAAGCAGCAAUUUCGAGGAGCAAAAUACCAAAGGAGAAUAUUAAUUACAUCUCCAUAAUUAGUGCAUUGACUGGCUAUGGUAUACCAGAACUAAUCGACUUUCUGUUAUCUAAACGUUUUCAUUCUAAAAAUCCAAUAUAUUUGAUAGGUUCUACAAAUGUCGGAAAGUCUAGUUUAUUCAAUCGUUUAUUAUUGUCAGAUUUAUGUAAAUCAGAAGCCAAAGAAUCUAUUCAUCGAGCUACAAUAUCUACGUGGCCAGGUACUACAAUGGGCCUCUUAAGUUUUCCAUUAACCCUAAUGAAUUCAGCUAAACGUGGUCAGCGUAUACAAUCACGUUAUGAACAAUCACAUAAAAAGACUAUACAACAUAAAGAAUACAAUUCAUCACAUGGUUUCCGAUAUUUGAAACCAAAAGAAAUUGUCUCUGGUAUUUGUGACCAACGGUCGGCAAAUUAUUAUGCAGCAAAAAAGGCUCGUGAAACGCUGCCAGAUUUGUCUACUAUGCCGACAUAUACAUGGAAACCUAAUGAAAAUUCCAAUUCCAACAACUCUGGGAUUUGUGUUGGUAGUGAGUUCGGAUUGGAACAGUUGGCUUCUGAGUCAUUGCGUGGAGAUAUUUUCAUGGACAAAGCUACUUGGGAUGGAGAUCAAAGUACUAGAUUACUAACAAAUAUAUUAAAUCCAAGAUAUUUUAAUGAUCAUGCAUGGUGUUAUGAUACUCCAGGUGUUUUUUGUAAAGACCAGAUUCUUAACUACUUCUCAUCAAACUUAUUACAUUCUAUAAGUAAUUACAAAUCAGAGGGUACUGGUAUUUUCCACUGGCCAAAUGGUGUAAAUAAUAAAGUUCUAAUUCCUCGUACAUUCGUCAUGCGGCCAGGUUUGACACUUUUAAUGGGAUCUCUUGCUCGUUUAGAUGUUUUGAAAGCUCCAAGUUCUGUUUAUUUCACCACUUUUUCUCAUCUUCCAAUCCAUAUUGUAUCUAUAAAGGAAGUUGAUGAGUAUAGAAGUAGAUUUGUCAAAUUUCUCAUGCCAAAAAUUAAAGACAAUUCUGUAAAUACUGAUAAUAACUAUAAGAAUACAGUUGGACCUUGUGGUGUACUACCACCAAUGGAAUCAAAAAAUCUUGAUCCCAUUAAAACUGUACCUAAUUUAGAUCAAUCUAACAUAGAUGUUGUUUUAUCUGGAGCAGGAUGGAUCAGUGUAGCUGGUUUAUCAAAGACCAAUAAAAAAUUACAAGAUGAGAAAAAUUCAGAAGAAAUAUCUACUGAAAACAGUGUCGUUGAUAAUGGUGAUGAUGAUGAUGAUGAUGAUGAUGAUAGUAAUAAUAAUAAUGAUGAAUUGUUUUGUGCUGAUAUCUUAUUAGCAGCAUGGACUCCUGGAGCUUUGGGUAUAUCAUUAAGAAAACCUCUAAUUCCAUAUGCAAUUAAACGUCGCGGUCAUCGUUUAAAAUGGUUAAGAGAAUUCUCAGGUACACCAUGAUCUUUAUAUUUGUGAUUAAUUUUUUUACUGAAUCUCUAAAAAAAUAAAUGAAUUUUCAUCACUCAGAAUUUAGUUUUCUUAUUGUUUUGGGAUUAGUAGGUAUUUGAUUGGAGACAA